AUGAGACGGUCGUUCCUCAUCACUACAUUCAACCUACUUAAUGCUGCUGUAGCUAUUGAUGUCUCCCAGUCAGCCCCUUACCCUCUGAGUUUCGACGACGUCGUCGCCGUGAAUGAGGAUGGUUCCCACAGAAUUCUCAAGACAGCAGAGUACGACGCUCUACUAGCGCGUGCUGCGCCCGAAACCGUCCAGGUGAACGUGCGGUCUACUGACGGGGGCGGCCUCACCCGUCGUGACUGUAGAGGGAGCACGGAGGUCCAGGUCGAGUCUGACGAGGAGUUCCUUAACUGGGAUGUCGCCAUCUCGCCCAUAUUGAGUUCCCAUGGAGGCACUGCUACCGUCUCCGUGGCUAAAGGCUACUCCGUCGGGAAUUCAGUCAUUGUUGGCCCAACCGCUAACGUUGCCUUCGCAAAAGUGGCCCUAAGCAUGUCUCUAUCGGUUAAUUACGCCCAGCGGUGGACGACUUCCGAUAGCCAGACUCUUAGCUUCACCGUCCCGGAAGGCCAGCAUGGCCUCGUCGUGUCACAGCCGCUCGUCCGCCGUGUCACCGGGCGUCUGCUCACCGGCUGCAGCCAUCGCCCAACCAGUACGCCGUUCACUUCCGACACCUAUACUGACCAAAGCUUUGGCAAUCUCGAUUUCGUCAAAGGCGUCAUACGACUUUGCAACAGCACCGUUUACCCUGUCCCUUACUGUAACGGUCAGGGCUUCCACUACUAG